CUCUUUAUGAGUGUGUGUGUGGUUACACAAGAACAGUGUGGAUAUAGCUGCCGGAAGGCAUUAAGACAUUAUUAAUUCCUCUUUAAGGGCGCUCGCUUGUCUCCUGGCAGCAAAAUGAACCUGAGUCAGGUGAACGCUUCUCUGAAGUGUGAGCGGGACACUCGGGUUACAUCCAUACUGUUCCCCUGCCUGUACGCGGCUCUCUUCCUGCUGGCGUUGGUGUUGAACAGUCUGGCCGCCUGGAUCUUCUUCCAAAUCCGCAGCAGCUCAACCUUCAUCGUGUACCUGAAGAAUGUGGUGGUGGCAGAUCUGCUGAUGACUCUCACCGUGCCUGUGAAAGCUCUGACAGACGCCGGUUUAGGCUCCUGGCACCUCCGGGCCUUCCACUGCCGCUACUCCGCCGUGCUCUUCUACACCACCAUGUACAUCAGCAUCCUCCUGCUCGGGUUCAUCAGCUUGGACCGCUACCUGAAGAUCGUGCAUCCGUUCGGGAAAUGCGUCCUCCAGAGGGUCAGGGUGGGUCGGGUUCUGUGUGCAGUGACCUGGGCGGUCAUGCUGUCUUUAGCGCUGCCCAAUGUUAUCCUGAGUAACCGCAUGCCACAGAUCUCCCCCGGCGGGAGGCUACGCUGCACCAGGAUGAAGGGGAAGAUGGGUCUGCUGUGGCACGAAGGCUUCAACUACUUCUGCCAGGUUGUUUUUUGGGGAACUUUGGCGCUCAUGGUUGUUUGCUACACCUUCAUCAGCAGGAAGGUGUUCGAGUCGUACCGUGCAUCACAAAGCAGCAGUGACGUAACCAGCAAACAGACCACAUCUAAGGUGUUUGUGGUGGUGGGGGUUUUCUUUGUUUGCUUCGCCCCCUUCCACCUGGCCCGAGUCCCGUACACCCUCAGCCAGACGCGGAGCACUUCAGCCCAGUGCUGGGCCCAAAACCAGCUGUAUUUCGCCAAAGAGAUCACGCUCUGGAUAUCAUCCUCUAAUGUGUGUCUGGACCCGCUCAUUUAUGUUUUCCUGUGUCGCGGUUUCCGCAAGAAGCUGACUGCCACACUGAGCCGCGCUCCGCUCCCUCACGGCUCUCUGACCGAGACCUCCACCAAAAUAGAGAUGCCAAACAGAGGACACUGAAGCACAGAUGCAGAUCUACAUGGUCAUGACAUCCUGAUCUGCCUACUGGAGGCCCGGACUUAAUCCUCUGCACUUCACUAUGAGAACCAGUUCUUUGUGGAAAUAUGAAGUCUUUAUUUUUGUCAAGUAAAUAUGUUUAAAGUCCACCCUAAAGGACUGAUAGCUCUGCCCUAAAUGACUUAAAGCCCCGCCCUAGAGGACUGAUAGCCACACCCUAAACAAUGGAUAGGUCCACCCUAAAGUACUAAUAGCCCCACCCUAAAUGACUGAUAGUCCCGCCCUAACUAACUGAUAGUCCCGCCCUAACUGACUUAUAGGCCCACCAUAAAGGACUGAUAGCUUCGCUCUAAAUUACUGAUAGCCCUGCCCUAAUGGUCAGAUAAUGCCGGCCUGAUAGGUCCGCCCUUAAGUAUUUAAAACACCACCCUAAAAGACUGAUAGACCCUCCAUAAAUUACUGAUAACCUUGCCUUAAAGUACUGAUAGCUCCGACCCAAAUUACUGAUAGCCCUGCCCUAAUGGUUUGAUAAUCCCGCCCUGAUAGCUCCGCCCUAAAGGACUGAAAGACCCUCCCUAAAUUACUAAUAGCUUUGACCUAAAGUACUGAUAACUCCGAACCAAAUUACUGAUAGACCUGCCUUAAUAGACUGAUAACCUUGCCCUGAUAGCUCCGCCCCAAGUGACUGAUAGACCCUCCCUAAAUUACUGACAGCCUUACCCUAAAGCCCUGGCCUAAUGGUCUGAUAGCCCCGCCCUAAAGGACUGAUAGGUCCACCCUAAAGUACUGAUAGCUCCGCCCCUAAAUUAUUGACAGAUAUGCCCUAAUAGACUAAUAAUCCCCGCGAUAGCUCCGCCCUAAAAAAUGUAUAACUCUCCCCUUAGUAUUUAAAACUCCGCUUUGAACUGAUAGACCCGCCCUAAGUUACUGAUAGCUUCAACCCAAAUAACUGAUAGCCCUGGCCUAAUGGUCUGAUAGCCCCACCCUAAAGUACUGAUAGCCCCGCCCUAAAGGACUGAUUGGUCCACCCUAAAGUACUGAUAGCUCUACUUUAAAGGACUGAUAGCUCCGCCCUAAAUUAUUGACAGACAUGUCCUAUUGGACUAAUAAUGCCCUCCUGAUAGCUCCGCCCUAAAAUAAUUCUAACUCCGCCUUAAACAACUGACAGACCCGACCAAAAUUACUGAUAGCUCCACCCGAAUUGACUGAUAGCUCCGCCCUAAAUUACUGAUAGCUCCACCCUAAAGGUGUUCCAUGUGACCACAAGUGAAGAAGUCUUUUCGAGGGGGAGGGAAGAUUAUGGUGAUCUAUAAUAAAGAUUAUGAGCGCAAAUUAAUUUUUACAUUAUAAUGUAUGCAAAAUAUUUCAAUACACAAAUUUUUACCAACUACAGUUAACAACAGUUUACAAGCAGGAAAACACACACACACACACACACACACACACACACACAAACACAGGAAAACAACUGUUACUGGAAAGCAUUCGCUACUAGUUUUCAUGAGUUUAUGUUAACCAGCUGAUGGUUUGUAAAGGUGUUUGUUGUGGAGACAUUAGAACAUCUGACAUGGUUUGUGUUUGUUCAUUUGUUGCACACAUUAAGCUUAUUUUCAUACUGCAGUUGUUUUUCAGAGUACUAGACAUCACUGAUAGACCAACACUGUCAGGGUCAUCUUCCUGCCUCACUAUCAGAGACAACAGCAGUGUUUAUUUCCCCUCCAGUGUAAUCUUUGCCAUUCUGUGUCUCCUCUUCUGUGAAAAGAGCUUUUAUUUUGUGCACUGUAAUGAAAUAUAAUGAAUAAAAUGCGUGCAGUUUAAUAAGCCUGCCUUGGAAAUGUUGAUCACAAAAAUCAGUAUGUUUUAUAUUCCUUUUAUUAGGUUAUUUCAAGUUUUGACAAUGAAGACAGUAAUGUUACAGUCGGUUAUCUAAGCUAGUGUUUUAGUUUUUCUGUAAUUUAAGUUUAAAGUCUAAACAAAGUCCUAAAUUGCACAAUUAAGUUAUCUAAGCACAUGGUCAAAAGCACAUAGUACGGGUGCGCUAUAUGAAUUACAGCGAAACAUACUGUAGUAUUUAAUGUACACUGCAAAAAAAGCUUUUGUGUGUUGUUUCUAGUCCAAACAUGUAAAGAUUUCUAAAUCAAGAAGCAUUUUCUUGACUAGCAAAAAAUACUGUGUUGUUUCAAGAAAUAAUAUACCACAAUGAAGUGAGUUAUUGCUUAAAACAAGCAAAAUAAAAUUUCUGGUUGUGUCAAC